CCACCCGGUCCAAUAUGGCUUUUCUGAUUCGGUUCGUUUCCGUUUGCUCAAUGAAACUGAUACGUUGUGUGUACGAAAUCUCUCUCGCCAUAGAAUUUCUCUCUCCGAUUCGAUGGCUUCCACUUACCGUGACCGUACGUCGGAGUUCCGAUCACUGACGGAGACUCUAAAGAAGAUCGGCGGCGGAGGAGGUGGAGCCACAUCACCGCCUAAUCAACAACCGUCUACCUCUCAAAAUUCCUAUUCAAGAUCCGAAUUCAACCGAAAAGCAUCACAAAUCGGAUUUGGAAUCCAUGAAACUUCACAGAAAAUCGCUAGACUCGCUAAGUUGGCGAAGCAAUCGUCGAUGUUUAAUGAUCCAAUUAUGGAAAUUCAAGAACUAACUGCAUUCAUUAAGACUGAUAUAACGACGUUGAAUGCGGCUGUUUUGGAUUUGCAAAAUAUUCAGAAAAUUGAUUUGGCUGAUGAGAUUUACUCAGAAGAUAGAGUUGUACAUUCCAAUGCUGUUUGUGAUGACUUGAAGAACAAGCUCAUGGGAGCCACAAAGCAUCUUCAAGAUGUUUUGACUACUAGGACAGAGAUUACCAUCAAAUGGAAUUCCAGUUGGCAAUCAGCUAAGAAUCUGCGUUUUGGAAACGUGAAACGCAAUACAGUGUAUUGUUCUUCUAUC